AUGCUCCGAAAAGUUCAGGGCCCACAUAUGCCACAAGGUCCCUCCUUGGAUUCAAAAUUCCAAAUGUCUUCAAAUGCACCCAUAGAAACCAGUUUCCAAAUGUCUCAAGAGCCUGCAAAGAAUUUGCCUUUCCAAGUGUGUCACAGUCCCCCAGUGAGUCCAAGAAGUCCAAUGCAAUCAAGUCUUUCAGUCCUUAAAAGAGACUUAGGUCAGCAAGAGUCCCAAAGUCCAUCAAGACAAUCAACUAUACAAAUGCAACCAGGUCCUGUAAUGGACCCAGAUUUACCAACUCUGAGAAGCCUCUUACUCCGUCCAAUUCAUCAGAUACCUUCAAUAUCCUCAAUGAGAUCUACUUUCCAGCGUUGUCUACGACCUAGGAUGCUGUCAGCUGAACAUGGUGACCGACGAACCAGCCUUGCAACUCCAAAGAAGGAGAGGCAAAUACGCACUGUAUACACCAAAGCACAAAAGGACGUGCUCCGAGAUUUUUUUUCUCGGUGCCCAAACCCACAACGGGAGGAUUGCAUGGAACUGGCAUCAAGGGUUGGUGUGACAGUGAGUGCGAUCCAGACCUGGUUCAAGAACUACCGGGCCUCAUGCAAGAGGAGGAAUCUCCAGAAUGUUCUAGCAGCAUUGCCAGAGAUAAAUGGAAGCUCUGAAGCUGUUUCUGAGGCAACCAAUUUUCCUAGUUCUUUAUCUGUUGUUGCUUCUGCCAAUGGAGAGUCCAUGUGUUCAGGCACAUUUGGUGAGGAUUCCAUUCCCAAACUCAACUGCAACCAGGAAUCUUCUCUCCAUCGUGACCAGGCUUGUGAUGGUUCUAGGUUUAGUCAGCAAAAAUAUCUGCUUGAUGGUCGUGCCCCUGUUACAGCUGAGGACUCUGGUCAAUCCAUAGCAGUUGAAGUCCAGUCUGACCUAGCAGUAGCUGAAGCUCCAGUUGGCCUGGUAGCUGCCGACCAAGGCCCAGAGGAUGCUCAAGGUUCAGGUCCAUCGGCAGAGGAACUCUGGCAAAAGAUCCUUGAAGAUUUUGACAAUUCAGAUGACUGGCUUACUAUGUCAUAUCAUCCAGGCUGCAAGUAA